CCUCAGCAGCGGUGCGGGGAUGCAUGGCGGCGCGGCCGGCAGCGACCCCCGGUCGGGUCCCCCCCGGCGCUUCCCGGUGGCGGCGGUGGAUGAUAUCCUGAAGGAUGUGGUGGGGAGCUACCUGAGGGAGCAGCCCUACGAGCCGGCCCGCUGCAGGGACAUGGCGAAGGACAUCGCUGAGGUUAUUAAAGCUCGGGUAAAAGACCUUAAGAUACCGAGGUACAAGAUCAUUGUGGUGACACACAUUGGGCAGCUGAAUGAGCAGAGCAUGCAAAUCGGAAGCCGGUGCCUGUGGGAUCCUGCGAGCGAUACGUUUUCGUCGUACGUGUUCAAGAACACUUCACUGUUUGCUCUUGCCAAUGUCUACGCUGUCUAUUUUGAGUAAGGAGGUAGUUGCGUUUCACAGCAAGAGUAAUGAACAUUCAGCCUAACUGUUCCUGUUUCUGUUGUUGAAAACGGUUGUGAAGGACCGAGGCAACUUUCACCUGUUUUGAAAUGUGGUUACUGUGAGCCUUUUGGUGGGGAACGUAAUAAUUGCAUUUCCCAGAGCUUUCUCUGGGAAGCGAUUCUCUGUGGUGUGCUGUUUCACACCUGAUUCUAGCAGCUUUCAGAACCAGCUAUCCCUGUAAUACUUUUUUUCUCCCUGAAUUUGCCCUCACUACAUGAUCCCCGAGUAGAAAAUGCAUUUUUGGAAAGCAAAACAAAGGCAUUUUAAAAUUAUCUCCGUUAAACAGUGCUCGUGGGCAGUUAAGCAUGGGGCCACUCCGUGCACGUGCUGUAUUGCAGGCGCUGUGUGCCAUCGAGCUGCAGUAGCUCGGUGCUGUUGUUCCCCCUGCCCUGCCUGGGGAAUGAUGGAGGGAUCUCUCCAGACCUUCUUGCCGGGCCCAGGGGUGUCCUGGGUCAGGGGGGCUCUGUGGUGGAGGGGCCGCAGGGAGCAAGAGAGUCGGGAGCUUUGCUUGCCGGGGGCUGCCCCAGAGCCCCGAGAAAGGCCAAAGGUGGUCCAGAGAAAGUGGUUAGUUCUGCUUGGGGAAGACUAGCUCUGUCCCACAGUGCUUGAAAUGAAGUGAAAAGUGUCUUCAAGUAGUAUCAUGUUUAGAAUAUAUAGAUCUAACAUGUCUGGGCCCUUCUGUUGACGGUGAUCGAAUCUAGCAAGAAAAAACGUUGAAUUGGGGCUCUCAGCUGAUACCUGGCUAUAGCCAAGAGGGGGAGUACAGCCCUCUGAGCUCAGCUAUGUAUUUCCAGUCUCCCUGGUUGCAGAUUAACUGUCCAAUAGGUAGGACCCUGGGAGGAUGUUUACUGGAAGCAGCUGGAAUAGGAAAUAACCCACAGCCGCUCCUGCCCAGCUCCGGGGCUAGAGCUGACCCAUCCCAGGUCUCGUGUGCUGUGGCCUUGGCUUUAUUCUGAGCCUGAAAACAGACUUUUUGCUACCCAUAUUUUACAGCUGAAACCUGCUGUUGCAUUUUCAUAAGUAGGAGAACAAGCAUAUAACAAAUUACUUAUUUUAUCGCAUUCUAUGUGCAAAGCUGAAACUAGAACAGUAGUUAGAUGGGAAGAACUCUUUGUACUCGUGACUAAAAGUUUAACUCUGAACCACUGCAAACACUUUGUGGAAUCCACACAGCCCAGCCUGCAGCCGUUUGCUGGUUUGCACUACAUUUAACAUUCAGGCUUUACUCCCUAGCGUACUGCAAAGAAUGAAUUGACAAUUAAAGAAGACAACUGAAAUAAUUGUGGUUUAUGUCAUGAUUAUUUUAAUACAAAGCUGUCACAUUGA